AUGGAGGACGGGGCCGAACAGCCUGAUCCGAGUACCGUGGUAUGGAGAAGCGUCGGAGUGCCUGAGGAAGCUGCAGCCGCUCGAAUCCGUGAACGAGUGAGAGCUCGAAGGAGUGCACAAAGGCGACGCUUCUACUGGCGCAUGGGUCGACGUGUGUUCAUUUGUACAGCUGCUUUUGCAUGCACUGUUUUUGCCUUUCAUUUGCUCCUCAAAAGCCCUACGCUUAUUAUUGAAACUUUUUUAAAUGCUCUUAGAUGA